AUGGACGUCUUUGGAGGGUCCGCUGUGUGGGGGGAUGCCCCUUCACUCUCCAACCAAGCUUCGUCCAGCAUCGGCGGUGGGAUCACCUCGACAGCAUCAACAUUACUGGCUCCCAAAGACGAUCCGUUCGACGAAUUUGAUGAAUUCGGAGAUUCUGCCCAGCCAAGUGCGGUUGUAGACGCCGGGGACGAUGAUUUUGGAGACUUUGGCGACUUCACGGACGACGCAGUCGCGCCGAUUGGGCAAGAGGGGGGUGGUUUUGUCCAAGAAUCGUUCUCAUUCGGAGAAGAAGCUACUUUCGACUCCUUCAAGCCCGAAGUACCGCAGCCACUACGGCUUGAUCCAAUGCCAGAUCCUACCGGCCUCACUGAGCAAGUCGGCAACCUAUUAUCGGACAUUCUCAAAGGAUCCACCGUUGAGAAAAUCUUGACAGGUGACGGUAUCAGACAAAUUGAUAGCUCUACUCAGCUACUGGUCACACCGGACAGUCGCAGCCUAUAUAAAACUUUAUUCGAGGAGCAAGCUCCGUCAUUGAGAGCCCCUAAUUGGACUAGGUCCAAGAUUCGUCGUAACCAUUUGAUCACGUUGGGCAUCCCGGUGAAUCUUGACGAAGUUAACCCCCAAGCAACUGGGCGUGCGCUCCCAACGUUGAACAUCAUCACCCGUCCUGCAUCGACACCCCCACGACCUGGAUCGCGACAAGGCAGUCGGCCUGCCUCUCGCGUCGGCACUCCAACCCAAGGGCCUACUUCUUCUCGAUAUAACUCAGCGGCAAAGACUGCAAUACUAAAUCUUGGUCCAAAACCCGAGCUAGAUCACGAUAGAGUUGAAAGGUUGUUAAACUUGGAUCCUGGUUCGUCGAUUAUUCCCAAAUUGCACACACCUGAUGUACCGCCAGAGAACCUCCCCUUGCUUUCGAUACCAAAGCUCGAGGCGCACGCAUCUGCCAUCCGAUCCCAGACCAUUGCCGCUACAAACCUUCUCACCUACCUCCUCCAAUGUCGGGACGCGUUGCAACAAGAUUCGGACGCUUUCAACAAGAUGAUCGCAGGCAUGGUCAAUGAAGCUCAGCGGAUGAAAUCAGGGAUGAAGAAGCCGCCUCCAAAACGGGGGAGCGCUCUAACGUGA